CAUGUCACGACCAGUCUCACGCAUGCGCAGUCCGCCUCGCGCGUCGACUUGCUGUACACGCAUACACACAGUGAAACUUAUUCAAUUUUGAUCGCUUUUUUUGUUUUCUUUUUUCAUCUUCCCCCUCCCCUGCGCUCUAAUCUCUCGUCUCGUUUGUGUGCAAGAUCGUCGGAAGCCGCGGAAGCGAAACUGCAAACUGCAACGACGUUUCGUUAGAUCGCACAGUUUCGUUCACGACAAUCGGCGAGUGCGCGUACGUGGAUUAAUUUUCAAGGGGGCCGCUGGUUUUUAGGUUAGGACGCGAUCGUUGGAGAAUGCAUCACGCUGGAAAACUGUCGGGUGAAAGUGCGCGUCGUCGGGGAUUCCGACAGAGCGAAGGCCGCUCUCGAGCGCCUUGAAGCGAGCGACGUUUCGGGAAAUCCGUCCCGAAUAAGAAGCUUUGUCGCAAGCGUCGACGGUUUCUCUCGUUUUUCCCCGGGUGAUCCUCGACGUUGCCCGGACAAAGAUAGAUAAAGAUGAUAAAAGCGAGAUCCGCAGCUUUUGUAUAAAGCAAGAAUCAAAGAGGAUAGAAUUUUUUAGACGGCCAAGUUGCGUCGAGAACAAGUUUCUUAGUGUUGGAUAUCUCAGUGAGCAAGGAAGCACUAUAAUUAUCAUGGCAGACGAAGAAGGUACAGAGUGGCUUCAGGAGUUAUUGCACGAUGUGCAGCUCUCUCAGUUCUUCACGCGAAUACGAGAUGAUCUACAGAUCACUCGAUUGCAUCACUUUGAUUAUGUUCAACCGGAAGAUCUGGAGAAGAUCGGUCUCGGUAAACCCGGCGUCAGGCGCCUGCUGGACGCGGUGAAGAAGAGACGAAGCACUCAAUGGAAAAAAACUCUGAUCACUAAAAUUAAACCCGGCAGUAGCAGUAAGAGCAGCAAGCGAGCCUCACAACCUAUCGAGACUAACUCGGCACUGACGUGUCUCAUACAGGACAAGGAUGUAGUAUUGUCCGUUAAACUGGGCGAUGGAAGCUUCGGUGUAGUUAGAAGAGGGGAAUGGACUUCCCCCUCUGGACGAACUCUGCCUGUCGCCGUAAAAGUCCUCAAGGCGGAUGCUCUUACGCAGCCAAGUGUCAUAGAGGACUUCGUGUCUGAAGUUCAGGCGAUGCAUACCUUAGAUCAUCAUAAUCUCAUUAGAUUGUACGGUGUGGUGCUGUCGCAGCCGAUGAUGAUGGUGACCGAGCUUGCGCCUUUAGGCGCUUUGCUCGACCACUUGCGGCAGCAGUGUGGCAGAAUCUCAAUUCUCACUCUUUGCAAUUAUGCGCUGCAAGUCGCCACAGGUAUGGCGUAUUUGGAGGCAAAGCGUUUUCUACAUCGCGACCUGGCAUGCAGAAACGUCCUGUUGAGCACGGUCGACAAAGUCAAGAUCGGUGAUUUUGGACUGAUGAGAGCGCUUCCUCAAGAGGAGGAUUGCUACGUCAUGACCGAACAUAAGAAAGUGCCUUUUCCAUGGUGCGCUCCCGAGUCUCUCAAGUCUCGACAAUUCAGCCACGCGUCGGAUGUCUGGAUGUUCGGUGUGACGCUGUGGGAGAUGCUGACAUUUGGUGAGGAACCCUGGCUGGGCCUAAACGGUUCCGAGAUACUGCGGAAGAUCGAUCGCGAGGGCGAGCGGCUUCACGAGCCGGAAGCGACGCCUCCAUAUAUGUACGAGUUGAUGCUCCGUUGCUGGGCGAGAGAACCUUCGGAGAGGCCAACGUUCGCCUCAUUGAAGGAAUCGUUGACCGGUAUGGUGCCAUCCGUAAUGAAGGCUCUGACCGCCUUCGACGAACCUGGCAAGAUGUCUAUUGAGCCGGGAGACCAGAUCGCAAUUAUCGAUGGGCGAUCGGAGAACUACUGGUGGAAAGGCCAGAACCAGCGAACGUUUCAGGUGGGGCACUUUCCGCGUUGCCUGGUCGAUCCGAUGCGUCGGAAACAGCCGGGGGACAUCAGCAAGCCGUUGGAAAACUCGUUCAUCCAUACGGGACAUGGCGCGCCUUUCGGCAAGAGCUGGGGUAGCCCUGUUUACAUCGACGAUGUCUACUUGAGGAAUCCGAUGGAUCCUCCGGACGUAUUAGUGGCGACCGCGGCAGAAAACCAGACAAAGAAAAGAUUUUCUUGCGGUACACCACGUACUAGAAAGCAAUUCAAUUAUACGAAGCUGCGCAACGAUAUUCGAUCGAGUCCGGUCAAGAUGUCGCAGUCAUCGUCUACUUCGAGCGUCAGCCAAGAGGGUAACUUGAUUGACUUGUCCGCCGAGGAGUUGGCGAGCACGAGCGCGCAGGAGGAGGUCGCAUGCAGGCGAGUGAUCAACAUUCUAGAUGAGCCAAUCGACGGUGAGAAGUUCCCCUGGCAGGACGAGGAGGGCAGGACGUACGCAAACUUUCCCGGUAAUGUGGAUCCCGCGUAUUCUGAUCCCUUCGAUACGUCCGCAGUGUUCAUGAAGCCGCCACAUUCGCGAUAUUAUAGUCAUGUGCCCGUUGAAGUCGCAAGUCGCUAUAUGAAGACGCAGACGUACGGAAAUGUGGACAAUCAAGAGACGGGAGAUCACGUUCAAAGCACCGCGAAUUGUUUCGUUGCUGAUUCUACUGAUGUAGAGGAAGCUCGCCAGUACUCGGUGAAUCUGAAUAAGGAGUGUCGGCAGGAUACAGUAAAUUUGAACGUGAAUACGAGUGCAGAAGGUAACAACGCGAGUCACUAUAGCGAGAUAGAUAAAAUUAGCCCUCGCGGAUCGAACUGGUCUACCUGGCCGGAGGAUAUACGGAAUUCUUCUGUCGCGCAGACGUAUGCUAACGUCUCCGGCGGUGAGUCCGCCUCGUCAUGUGCAGCCGUCCCAAUUCCGCCGCCUCCUCCUUCCAUCGGACCAAAUACGAGUCCGUCUAAGCCAAAAUCCAAUUGCGAGCUCGCACGGAGUAUGAACGAAUUAUCGCUAAAUUCCAACUCCAGUGCCAAUGUCACGAGAAAGCUGGAUCCUGGCUUCUUGGCCGAGCUGGAGAAGCACUUAGGCGAGAAGGAGGCGACAAAGAACACGAAUUCUGCCAACGGUGGAGAAAACCAGGAACCGGGAAACACGAAUUAUUUGCAUUGCUCAUCGCAGGACAAGUUGCGACAGGGUUCUGCGUCGACUCAGCAGCACUCAACGACGGUAGAAGAUGCCGCCAGAUCUUUGUCGGUCAUUCCAGUAUUGAAAUCUCCGCCGCACAAGAAAUCAAAAUCGCCUGUGAUGACGACGGAUCGUCGAGCAUCUUUCUCGUCGACACCAUCUAUUAGCAAAGUACAAAACUCUUGGCAGUCAAAAAGUACGAACAUUCAAAGACCGCGUCCCAAGGAUGAGCAACGCAUGUCAGAGUCGACCACUGACACCAUAGUGGGUCAAAUCUGGCAGCAAACGCAGACUUUGUCACAGCAGCAGCAAAACAUCUGUCUGACCGAUUUGGCUGCUGGAGGUCAGGCGUUAACGCCCGUUCCAGUAGCUCAGGGAAGCGCUAAUCUGCUUCAAGAAGCCGUCGGCAACAUUGCCACUAGCAGUGCGAACGAUCACAGUCAACAUGGUCCCUGCAAUGUUGCCAAGGCCAUCUUUACCCAGUCGCAAGCUUCUUCGUCAAAUCAUGGUCAAUCUCCAAAUAUGACGCAUAUCAAUCAGGGUAAUAUCAAUCUGCUUCACGGAACUGCCAACAACAUUGCUGGCGGUGGUAGCACGAACGAGGCUCAACAUGGUCCCUGCAAUGUUGCCAAGGCCACGUUUAAUCAAACUCAAGCUUGUUCAGCAAACACUGAAAGUUAUCUUCAAAAUUCAUCGAGUCUUGGCCAGGGUGUUUUCAAUUUGCUGCAGGUUGCCACCAAUAGUGUUACAAACGAUCCUCAGUACGAUGUCGCGACUGCUUCUAAAGCGAGCUUGAAUCAAACGCAGGCUUCUUCGUCAACCGGUAGCCAGAAUUAUAAUGCAUCGAGCGUUGCUCUUAGCUUGCUUCAAACUGUCAAUCAUGUUUCUGGUAAUAGUGCGAGCGAAUCCUCUCUGUACGGAUCUUGCAAUAUCUCCAAGGCCGCUUCCACCAAUCAAGCACAGGCUUGUUCGACGAUGAGUCAGAAUUACUUGCAGAAUCAGAGUGGCUUCGCUUCGCAUCAAAUCUCUCUUCAGAAUGUGCCAAUGUCGUCCAGUGCGAGUAAUGUCCAUAAGAUCGCUCAUAUACAGAAUGAUUUGCAGCAGUUGCAACAAUUGAAGCCUGCUACUCUUUUAUCCGAACAAGUAUACGCUGAAUUGAAACAAACGGUACCUAAUCUAGAGCAGUUAUCUCAGAACGAAUUUAAUACUCUAUACAAUAAGACUGUUCAGCAGAAUAUACUGCGAAAUUACUAUUCUAAUAACCUGAGCGGGGAGUCGGGCCAAAAUUACGCUCAGGAAAUGACUAGCAAUCAACAACAACAAAAGACUAUGAUUGGCAGAAAUCAGCCUGUUCAGGGACACUCUUGCGACUUUAGUCCUUAUCUGAAACAGCCACCAGUUUAUAAUCCACCUCCUCCUCCGACCUGGAGCCCGCUUAAAUCCGAUCAAAAUGGUUAUACGCAAAACCAUUAUUCUACAACCAAGUGCAAUUUGAGUGGACCGUCUAAUCUGCUGCAAACUGAAACCCCUUCAUCAGCAAGAAAUAUAUCUGGAUCAACGACGACGAACGAUCUAGGAGCCGUCAAAGUGAAUCUAUUGCAAGUCAAUCAACACCAGACCGGUACUAGUCCUCCGCUCACCGCGGCUUCCCAGCAAUUGGUGAUGUCGCUGAGCGACGAGUUUCGUGCGAGCAGGAUCAUGAAGGUGCAGAAAGAGGCCGUGGAUGCGUCGCAGCAGGAGGUACUGGCCGCGCUGCAGGCGACCGGCUGGGACACGAAUCAAGCCGCUAAACAGAUCGCGAAAGAUAGGCAGGCGAAAGUCGAAAGUCUCGUGAGGUUGGGCUUGGCUAAUAAACAACAGUGCGAAAGUGUUUUGAAGCAGACUAAAUAUGAUGUGGAAAUGGCAGCUUCGUUAUUACUCGAUCAGACCAGAUGAGAAAUAACCAUGGUCAAUGUCUCAAAACUUCCUGUGACAUAGUUGUAACUAUAUGUUUAUUUAUGAACAAAAGCAAUAGACAAGAAUUUGCUUGAGAAACAACAAAAACAAUCUAUCUGAGAUUACUUGUGGAUUUCUUUGUCGAGCUUUUGCAUUCCGUUCUGUGGCACAAUUUAAUGCUAAACGUGACUGAUGCUUACUGUUUGGAUGGUGUAAAAACAGUUAUUGUGCAUAAUCUAUAGGUGAUAAAGAUAUUACUAGUGUGUGUCAUCACUCUUAAUACGUAACAAAUAUAAAUCUGAAACUGUGAUAUGUUAUUGAUCUUUAUCUGGAUUUACAAUUAUGGGGUCUUGUUAAUGAAUUUUUAGAGCAGUGAAAAGAAACUGCAUUUUAUUUAUAACGACAACAGAGUGCUGUUGAAAAGAGUUGAGAUUACUAAAUAUUUAAUUUAUAUACAAGAUGAAUCAACAUCAAUUAGCAUUUUAAACAUCUUCAAAACUAUGUGUAUAGGAAGUAAAUUUGUCAAACAAAAAUUGCAUAUAAAGAGGUCAAUUAUAUUAUGGCUGCUCCAUUUUUUCCAUGAAACUUAUACUUGAUAAAUUUUUCUCCUACUCGCACAAUUGUGAAAAAAAAUGAAAAUGCUAAUUGUUAUCGGUUUAUCCUAUCUGUGUGUUUUUCCACAUGCGAAUUAUAUGUGUAUGUGUGGGCGACAAUCAGUGGCAAAUUUACAUUUUUUGGUUUAUAGUUAAAAAUUGUUUCAGUAUAUGGCACAUAGAAAAUAUAAUACAUAUACUUUUUAUGUCAAUUAAUAUAAUUGUCAUUUAACGGAAUUGUGAAAAAAAGAAUAGAACUAUAUCAUAGUUCCAAGAACAUAUGUUACUAUCUAUGUAUCGAAAUCUCUUGAUAUUCCUGAGUUCUGAAAUUAAAAAACUUUAUAUGGCUAAAUCUGCUGCUGAUUACAAUAUUUAAUUUGAGUUUUGAGUUUGAAGUUUAUAUCAUAAUAGAUAUAUGUACAAACAUAUACACACACAUACACAUACAGAGUGUUUCGCAAAACUUGUG